AUGUCAUCUAACGAUAUUGACGAAGAAGAAUCCAUUUCAACCUCUAGUUCUGAAAUAACUAGUGAUAAUAAACAACAAAAAACAUUUGGUAGACCUUUUAAUCCUGUUUGGAAUCAUUUUAAUCAAAUAGAAAAAAAAAAGGCAGACAUUAUUCAGCUAGUUGCAAAUGCUCAAUUUUUUUAUUUCAAACAAUUAACUGAAGACAAUGACAAUCAAAAUACAACUAAGAAACGAAAAACUGAUUCUAAAAAUAAAGAAGAUCUUCUUAAAUAUGUUGAAAAUCAAGAACUAACUUCAAAAAGACAAGAGCACUUAGAAAAUAGCAUGUGUCUUGCAUUCAUUUGUGCGGGUAUUUCAUUUAAUACUGCUGAAAAUAAAAUUGUUCCAACAUUAGUUGCUCAAUUUUUUAAAGCAUCUCAUAUAGCUAAUUCAGCACUUGAAAAUGAAAUUCAAAUUAAUAAUAUAGUAGUUGCAUUUGUUCGAUUGGCUUAUUUUUUACAUCCAAAAUUUAAAGGUUAUAGUUUUAAACGAGGUCAAUAUAAAAAAAUCGCCAAAUAUGCAAGUACUUUAUGGAAAGCUUUAGGUAAUAGUGAAAGCUCUUGUCAAAAACUUUUAGAACAACUUGCUUCUUACAAAGUUAAUGAAUCACCUUUUAAUGAUCCAUUUGAAUCUGAUUGUCAAACACCGCAAAUAUAUGAACUUACUUUAGAAGAUAUCUUAAUUGUAGCGAAUGAAACUAGAAAGUUAGAUAAUAAUGACUCUGAUGAAGAUUCUGUUGAAGAUUAUGUUGAAGAUAGUGAAGAAGGAUUUGAAUCAUUUGAUGAAAUUUUGAAAUUAGAAGAAGCAUUUGAUUUUGAUCAUGAAAUUUUUAGAGAAAAUAGUGAAAACAACAAUAUUAGAUUAGGUUCUGAAGAUGUAGUUGAAGAAAAUCCAAAUUAUAAUUACAAUAUAGAUAGUUUAGUUGACGAAAUUUUUAUCUGA